AUGACCACACCUCAAGCAGCACCAAGUCCACCGGAGCAAUUUGUUUUGCUUUUGGCCGCCAUAUUCCUUCCGCCAUUAGCAACCUUUUUAGCCCAACGAACAAUCUUUACCAAGGAAUUUCUAGUCACCGUAAUUUUGACCUUCUUUGGUCAUAUCCCGGGAAGUGUGUUUGCCAUCUACUUUUUAUUUUACAUUGAUUUCCCCAGUCGUGGAGUCGAGGGGUACUCUAGAAUUGGUGAUGAUGAUGAGAGUCAAGUAGGGUCCCCAUCACAAGGAGGUGGAAAUGGAGCUGGCGCCGCAAGAUCCAGCCGUAGUCCACACCCACAGCAUAGUGGACCUGGUCAUAGACUCGGAGGAGAAGACCAUACUGUGUCUGAGCAGCAACAAGGAUUCAUCCACCAUGGUGCUUCUGGGGAAGCUGGCUCACAGAGUCGCGCUCCUUAUCGUGAUAACGUUGUUGAAGGAGAUUUGGAUAGUCCAGAAGGACCCCUUUUGAAUGCUGGCGAUCUUCCUGCUUACGAUGACAUUGUUGAUGGAAAACACAGGAAAGCUGCAAAGAAUAGCAAAUCGUCGGAUAACAAAGUCCAACAUUGA